UCCGUCACCUUGUUCCGGAGAUCUCCCAGAACAACCGAAAUGAACCAAACCCAGUGACCGGAGCAAAAACCCUAGCUCGUCCAAGCCACCACCCAAUCGCAGAUCCGCGCCUUUCGUCGCCGAGCUCACUCAUCUCAGCUAUGGAUAAGGACAAGUAUCCUGCUCAUGGUGGAGGUUUACCACCGCCCUCAGGGAGGUAUUCGAGUUUUUUGCCGACUGGAACUGCUUACAAUGUGAAAUCUGAACCCUCUUCAUCAUCAUCAUUUUUACCAUUGGCCACUGGUGCUACUGCAGAUCAGGGUCCUUUUGGUCACGGAAUGUCUAAUGAAUCUAAUCACUUUAGUCAUGAUAUUAGCCGAAUGCCAGAUUACCCACCAAGGAAAAUGGGUCAUAGACGUGCCCAUUCGGAAAUCGUGACCCUUCCUGAUGAUAUUAGCUUUGAUAGUGACCUUGGUGUUGUGGGUGGUGCUGAUGGUCCUUCAUUUUCAGAUGACACAGAGGAAGACUUGUUAUCCAUGUACCUUGAUAUGGACAAAUUCAAUUCUUCAUCUGCCACAUCUUCCUUUCAACUGGGUGAACCAUCAACUUCUGCUCCACAAGUCGCUCAAGUAUUAGCACCGACGACAAGGGCGCUCACAACAGACAAUAUUAACAUCAGUACGCAUGAGAGACCCAGAGUCAGGCACCAACAUAGCCAAUCAAUGGAUGGAUCAACAACCAUCAAACCGGAGAUGCUGGUAUCAAGUUCUGAAGAGAUGUCUGCAGCUGAUUCCAAGAAAGCAUUGUCAGCUACCAAGCUUGCGGAACUUGCCCUUAUUGAUCCAAAACGUGCAAAGAGGAUCUGGGCAAAUAGGCAGUCAGCUGCAAGAUCAAAGGAACGGAAGAUGCGUUAUAUUGCAGAGCUGGAACAGAAAGUUCAGACCUUACAAACAGAAGCAACAUCGUUGUCUGCUCAAUUGACUCUUCUACAGAGAGAUACAAACGGUUUGACUGCUGAAAACAGUGAACUGAAAUUGCGCUUGCAAACAAUGGAACAACAGGUUCACUUACAAGAUGCACUUAAUGAAGCACUGAAAGAGGAAAUUCAGCACCUGAAAGUUUUGACUGGCCAAGCUAUGCCUAAUGGUGGACCUAUGAUGAAUUUUGCUUCUUUUGGCACUGGUGUUGCUCCUGGUGCUGGUGGUGCUCUUACUCCUGGCCAGCAGUUUUAUCCAAACAAUCAAGCUAUGCACACUCUUCUGACUGCACAGCAGUUUCAACAGCUCCAGAUACAUUCUCAGAAGCAGCAGCAUCAGUUUCAGCAACAUCAACUGCAUCAACUUCAGCAACAACACAUGCAGCAGCAGCAGCAACAGCUGCAACAACAGCAACAGCAGCAGCAGCAGCAGCAACAACAACAACUGCAACAACAGCAACAGCAGCAACAACAACAACUGCAACAACAGCAACAGCAGCACCAGGAACAGCACCAGCAACAGCAGCAUCAACAUCAACAACAAGAACAUAGUGGGGACAUGAAACUAGGAUCAACCAUGCAGUCCCCAAGCCAAAAAGAUAAUGCAUCAGAAGUCAAUCAAGCAAUGGCAAAGGAUUGUUAAGAGAAACUUUUCGUUUGGUUAGAAGUAGUGGGGCAGAUGCGCUUCCCCUCUUGUUUCAAUUUCUGAUUAAUUUAUUUGUAGUCUCUGCUACAAAAGCCUUAAGUUAUAGGUUAAAUUAUGGGUUAUAUAUUUCAUAUGGUAUAGUUUUAGUUCCGGA